AUGGCUUUUCCUCUCCCGCGAGGCGUCACGGCCUCAGAGAUCGCCUUCCUGGCGGAGAUGGAAACAGUGACCAUUGUGCCUCGACAGCGUCUAGAAGGCCUCGAACUACUAGGAGGCCCCGUUGAACCUCUGAUGCCCCCACGACGUGCCUCUCUACCCCUCUGGCUCGCGCUCCUCCUCAAACGCCAACGCCGCGCCAAUAUCAUACCACCAACAUGGCUCCACCCAGAUCCAUUGUCUCUAAUCCUUGAAAUCGAAUCCCAGCACCAAGACUACCAGAGUGCUUUCUCCCCGCCUCCUCCCCUACCUGGCCAACCCAGCAUUUUAGAUCGUGGGGCUUUGCCAACGGCUCGCCCGCAGUAUACUCCCGAUGGCAAUCGGUAUUAUCCAACACCGCCUUUCCUACCUCAAAAUACAGCCCAGACCGUGACGUCCUCGCGGGAUCCCCCCUCGCUACCUUAUCACUGGGUCGAGGUAGGCAAUCUGUUGCUCGAUGCCGCGAGCGAUGAUCUCGUGGACCCGGAUCAGAUACGGAGGUUGCUGAAGGAUCUGCGUGAGGUGCGCAUGGCGAAGAUGAGAUCCGGUGUCGAGGCACUGGAUGCUGCGGCGACCGGUGGCAGCGGUGUUGUUCUGACGGGUGUUGGUUCAAUGGAGCUGGGAGAGGAGCGAGGCUUUGUUACUGGUGUUGUGGAUGGUCUUCGGAAGAUCGGGUCCUCUAAGGAACAAGCCCGGCGCGAACAAAUGGCCGAGCAAAGAGCAAAUGGCGGGUAUGACGGUACUCAAGAUGAUGAGGAAGAAGACUACAUGGAAUUCUAA